GUCCAAUUUAGCGGGAAAUUAUAUUAAAACCCAAAAUUAAAACCAUUUUUCAUCAUUUUUAUUGAUUUCAACUAUAAAUUCACCUCACUUGUCGCUUCCCUUGCACUAAAUUAAAUUAAAACCCAAAAUUAAAACCAUUUUCCAUCAUUUUUAUUUCCACUGUAAAUUCACCUCACUUGUCGCUUCCCUUACACUCACUGAUCACUGUGAUCAAUUUCCUCUGUUUUCCAAAAUUUGAACCUAAAUUCUCUCUCCUCAUCAACCACCUUCCAUGUCUGUCACACCGCCUGAACUUCCGCCGUUGCCGGAAGCGGUGGAAGAGCAACUCCGUCUUAUUUGCCGCGUUAAAUCGCAACCUCCGGCAGACACUGUUGCUAGACGACUCUUAUCGGAAGUCGGCGAGCAAGAAUCGUUGAGGUUUCUUAAUAUCAUCCUUAAUUCAUCUGAAGUUAAAACUUUGAGCGGCUUUAUUGUUUAUUUGGUGAAGAAGAAUCGCCCGCUCCCGACUUCUCCUUUGGCUGUAGCCAAGAGUCCUCAAGGGACUACAAUGAGUGAUAAUAAGCGAAAGAUGGAAUCAGACUCUCCUGGUGAUCGAAGUAAUGUAAGGCGGGUGUGGAUGUAUAACUCACCAAUUAAGAAUGAAAAGAGGCUUGAUUCGCCGAAAAGUGAACCUGAUAGUGUAUUGGAUGCACCUGAUCAAAGUACAGUAAGGCGGGUUUGUAUCUAUAACUCACCGACUAGGAUUGAAGAGAAGCUUGAUCCGCCAAAAAGUGAACCUGAUAGUGUGCUGGUUACACCUGAUCAAAGUACAGUAAGGCGGGUGUAUAUGUAUAACUCACCGACUAGGAUUGAAGAGAGGCUUGAUCCGCUGAAAAAUGAACCUGACAGUGUGUUGCUUGCACCUGAUCAAAGUACAGUAAGGCGGGUGUGUAUCUAUAACUCACCGACUAGGAUUGAAAAGAGGCUUGAUCCGCCGAAAUAUGAACCUGACAGUGUGUUGCUUGCACCUGAUCAAAGUACAGUAAGGCGGGUGUGUAUUUAUAACUUACCGACUAGGAUUGAAGAGAGGCUUGAUCCGCCGAAAAAUGAACCUGACAGUGUGUUGCUUGCACCUGAUCAAAGUACAGUAAGGCGGGUGUGUAUGUAUAACUCACCGAAUAGGAUUGAAGAGAGGCUUGAUCCGCCAAAAAAUGAACCUGGCAGUGUGUUGCUUGCACCUGAUCAAAGUACAGUAAGGCGUGUGUGUAUCUAUAACUCACCGACUAGGAUUGAAGAGAGGCUUGAUCCGCCGAAAAAUGAACCUGACAGUGUGUUGCUUGCACCUGAUCAAAGUACAGUAAGGCGGGUGUGUAUCUAUAACUCACCGACUAGGAUUGAAGGGAGGCUUGAUCUGCCGAAAAGUGAACCUGGUAGUAUGUCGGUUACACCUGAUCAAAGUACAGUAAGGCGGGUGUGUAUCUAUAACUCACCGGCUAGGAUUGAAGAGAGGCUUGAUCUGCCGAAAAGUGAACCUGGUAGUGUGUUGGUUGCACCUGAUCAGAGUACUGUAAGGCGGGUGUGUAUCUCUAACUCGUCGAUUAAGAUUGAAGAGAGGCUUGAUCCGCUGAAAAGUGAAACUGAUAGAGUGUUAGAUGCACUUAAGAGACUUGAAUUCCGAAAGGCUUUCUUACUUUUGAAUUACUCAGGGCGUACCAAUCUGGAGGAUGUUGUUUCUACCCUCUCUGCUGAUGAAAUUCUGAGUUAUCAAAGACUUGGUUGUCUUGGUAUGAGGGAAUUCGAGAUCAGGAUUUGGAAUGACUUUGGGAGAGGGCCGAGACGCAUUUGCCAUGAAAAAGAGCGGAUUAAUAAGAUGAACUGGGACACUGGAGAAAGGUACAACUACCAUUGUCAUAUUGAUUCAAGAGGGAAUUGUCGCUUUAAGGGUCCAUAUCUGAACAAGGAAGCUACACUGUUGCAGAAAGUUGCUGGAGAUGAAAAUGUACUGGUAGUGAAGUUUCUGGAGGAAGAAACAGCGAAUCUAGGAGCAGAGUUGAUGAAAAAUCCGGUCUUUAAUGAGGUUGCUGAACAUGGAAUUUUUUUUGGCAGAAAGUGUUACCAGUUCUUUGUUUUUAAAGACGGGGGCAAGGAGGGUAAGAAGAAAGAAUUUUCUAGUCCAGUUAAAUGCUACUUUGUUUGUACGGAGGGCUUUGCUAGUAUUUUAAGGAAGCCUGCUCAUGAGUUGAGAAAAAUGCCGGUUCCAGAAGCCAGGGGAUUGUUCAUGCACAUACAUAAUGCAUCCAGUAUAUCCAACUAUAUGGCCAGGUUUUCUCUUAUAUUGUCAAAAACCAUUACCUUGGAUCUUAAUUUCAAUGAUGUACGUGUUGAAGUCCUUGAGGAUAUACCGUGUCUGGAUGAAGAUGGAAACAUUGUUAAAGGUAAUGAUGGAAAGGCUUUGAUUCUUACUGACGGGACUGGUUUUAUCUCUGAAGAUCUUGCGAUGAAGUGCCCCCAUAAUUGUAUUAAUGGCCGUGUUAAUAAUGAAGAGGAUAUCCAGGGAUCUUCAGAAACCUGCCGAUUCCAGCCCGACUUUUCUGGAUUAAGGGAGUUGAAAUCUCCAUCACGUGUACCGCCUUUGCUGAUACAAUUUCGCAUGUUCCAUGAAGGUCGGGCUAUCAAAGGAACUGUUCUUGUGAACAAAAAGCUUCCUCCUAAUACAAUUCAAGUUCGCCGUUCUAUGGUAAAAGUUGAUAAACCUGGUGACGAUAAAAUUCCUUCAGGUGCUCCAAUUGUGAAUUCAUUUGAAGUUGUGGGAACCAGCAAUAAGCCAAAGAUGGCCUCUCUGUCAAAGAAUUUGAUUGCACUUCUACACUAUGGAGGGGUACCGAAGAAUUUUUUUUUAUCUCUGCUGUCAGAGGCUCUUGAAAAACAGCUGGCUAUUCUGUAUAAACCAAAAGCAGCCAUAAGAGUUGCUGUUAAUUGGGAUUUUGGUGGAGAUUUUAUAGAGGCUAAAAUGAUUGCGUCUGGAAUUCCCCUGGAUGAGCCUUACCUUCAAGACCGUUUAUUUGAUAUUGCCAAAGAGGAAAUGAAGAGUCUUAAAGGAGGGAAAUUGUUUGUUGAUGGCUGUCACUAUGUAAUAGGAACAGCUGAUCCUACGGGGAUUCUGAAUAGAGGCGAAGUUUGUGUUAUUCUGCUCUUAAAAGCUAUGGUGUCUUCGUCAUUUACUGCAUCUCCUCGCACAAUGAUUUUUCUCUGCUUAUCUAGGGACGAUGGACAAGUUUCUGGGCCAGUAUUAGUCUAUAGAAAUCCAGGCACUCAUCCGGGGGAUAUACAUGUUGUGAAUGCAAGAUAUGUCGGUGCCUUAAAGGAAAUUGUGGGAAAUUCUAAAUAUGGAAUUUUUUUUCCUUCCAAGGGGCCAAGGUCAAUGGCAGAUGAAAUAGCCGGUGGUGAUUAUGAUGGAGAUACGUAUUGGGUGUCCACAAAUUUUGAGCUGUUAGAACAUUUCAAACCAAGUGAGCCUUGGAAAUGUUCAACUGGUUCCCCGAAUGUCAACAAAGUAGCAGGUCUGCCAUCUGCUGGGGCAUUGGAGCGAGAUCUGUUUCGUUUAUACUUGACUACUAGGUUUCAAUCGAGUAAUGCUAUGGGUAUAGCAGCAGAUAGCUGGCAAGUGUAUAUGGAUCGAAUGUUGACACUGGGAGAUGACUGCGCAGGUGAAAAAGCUGCUUUAAAGCAGAAAAUGGAUGAGUUAAUUGACAUAUACUAUGAUGCACUGGAUGCACCAAAAAAGGGAAGAAAGGUUGUGGUUCCCAACCGACUGAUACCGGAAAUGUAUCCGCAUCAUAUGGGAAGAGCAGAACAUUGCACCUAUAAAUCCAAGUCUAUUUUGGGUGAAAUUUAUGACACAGUGGACCAAUUUAAUGCUCCAAUUCCAUUUUGGAAGAUAGAAUGCUUUAAUGCAGAAAUUCCAGAAACGCACCUCGCACUGUGGAGAAAACAUUACUCUACUUACAGAAGUGAUAUGCAGAGGGCUCUUAACGGAUAUGGAAACACAGCUGCAGUUUAUCAGAAAUACCGAAAUGAACUCUAUGGCGGUGUUGAUGCAUUGGACUUGAGUGAAAAAGAUUUGGAAGAGAUUCGACUCGAGGCCUUGGCGAUAUAUCAUGUAUGCUAUGACUAUGCAGAUAUGGUAGGUGACCUUAAGAAAUGUGGCUUUGCUUGGAAAGUUGCUGGGGAUGCCUUGUGUAAGAUAUAUUUGCGGAGUAAGAGUGACAAACCAAUAUUGUUUGCUCCUUCGGUUGUCAGCCAGAUGAUGCGUUAGUAUUAGUAUGCAACGCAACUUGCAAGUGUAGUACAUUGUGAAGUUAAAUAUAAGUUAAUAGGUUUCGGUUGGAAGGUCAAGGAUGCCAGGACGGGAGGAAGACUCCCAUCGCUAAUCCUGAUUGUGUCAGGUCUUUUGAGCAUGAUGUCCAAGUUGCUUCAUUCAGCUCAUGCUUCUAGUUUAGUUGCAACUACUAACUAGUUUCUAGCAAGUAUAUAUCCACUGAUCUAUCUUUAGUUAUAGUCAGCCUGGUUUUUUCUCCAACUGGCCUUUUGUUGAUUGGUAUGUUCCCACUUGGGGAUCUAAUCAGAGUGUAAGAAAUGUUUGAAAUUUCGAUUAAUCAAUGCAGUUUCCUUUU